GACGUUUGGCCAAGUUUAGAUAAACUAGCUAGCUAAGCUAGCUGCACAGUAGUGGAGCGAUGAAAAGAAUAACGUGCUGCGUGUUACAAUGAGUUGUUCUGCUAAAACGAGCGAUGGUAGGAGCUGACUGCGAAGCAGAAAAAUAUCACAACAUCAUGGAGUAAGUGCACGUGACGCUAAUCUGUCUGCUGAACAUCUGACGACGUAAAGCAUCACAUUGGUAGAACAAUGGGAUUACAUGCUUUCCCGGAGUCCAGCGGCCAACCACAGAGUCCACCGAAGCUUCUGACCAGUUUAACCAAAGGAGCUGGUGUGUUGCCAGACGGUCCUCUAAACGCAGCUGUGGGAGCGACAGUGAUGUUUACUACAACACUGAUUCCAUCAGACAAACCAUUUUUGUCAGUGUUCUGGACAUUUGGUAGUGAAAAUAUAAUCACUUUCAAUGAUGGUAACUUCACUGGACCAGAGUAUGAAGGCAGGAUCACCCUCUUCAUGUCUACUGGAUCUCUGGAGCUCAGGAAUCUGGCUCUUAAUGACAGUGGGCAAUACAGUGUGACCAUCGUUCAAGCUGGAGGACCAGGGAAGGCAGGGAGCACAACACUGAACGUACUUGAGCCAGUCUCCAAUGUAACGGCAACUGCCAGCAGCACAGACUUGGUGGAGUUCAACAGCUCUGUCCGUCUGUCCUGCUCCUCCUCUGGAUCCUCUCUCUCUUUCCUCUGGCUGAACGGCAGCUCUGAGGUUACAGCCAGUGACAGAGUUCAGCUCACUGAUGGAGGCUCCACUCUCACUAUAGUUAACGUGACCCGCUAUGACCAGGGACCAUUCAGGUGUUGUGUGUCCAAUCCUGUCAGUAAUUGCACCAGUGAUCCAAUAACCUUCUCCAUCAGCUAUGGCCCAGAAGAUAUUAAUUUGACAAUAUCUCUGUCACAAGAAUACUAUGGGGAAGGGUCAAACAUCACCCUGUCCUGCUCAGCUGACUCCAGACCUGCUGCCCAGUUUCACUGGUCUCUAAAUGGAGACUUUCUGUCUGAUACUGGACCAGAGCUCAGACUGAUGAACAUUCAGAAGAAUCAGAGUGGGAACUACAGCUGUCAGGCCUUUAAUGACAAAACUCUGAGAUAUGAAACAUCUCAGCCUGCAGCUGUCUCUGUACUGGAGAGAAUAUCAGGUGCUUUUGUCACAACAACAACAAACCUGACGAUUGAGGGGAUCUUUGUCAACUUAACCUGUGAUGCUGCUGGCUCUGUCUUUACCAGAAAGUGGAUGAAAGAUGGCUCAGAUCUGACUCUGGCUGGAAACAUGAACCUUUAUGACAAGAACAAAGUGCUGUCUUUUAACAGCCUGAAAACAACAGACAGUGGGGAAUAUUCCUGUAAAAUCAGCAACCCCCUCAGCAACGAUGAAGCUAAAUACACCAUGGUUGUGAUCUAUGGACCACAAAAUGUUCAAAUCACAGGUCCAAGUGUGGUACAUGUAGGACAUUCCUUCACAUUAACCUGCUCUGCUGAUUCCACACCAUCUGCUACUUACAUCUGGAAACUGAAUGGGACAGAGAUACACAAUUCUGCUGAGUUCACUAAAGACAACGCUGAACUCUCUGACAGUGGCAGCUACGCCUGUCAAGCGAUGAAUAAUAUAACUGAGAGAACAUCGACUGCAGUCCGUGGAUUGUCUGUAACAGCCAACCUAGGCAAACCAUCAGGCUGUUCGGCUGGUUGCAUCGCUGGAAUAGUAAUCGCAGUUUUAGUCGUCUGUGGAGCUGCUGGUGGUGGAGGGUACUACAUGUAUAAAAAAAAAAAACAGAAAAACACUGCUACCAGAACAGGAGGUGAAGGCCAGAACAACUCUGCAUACUCAGCAAGUCAGGAGCUGAACUAUGCAGAUAUCAGUUUCCAGAACAAAGAUGGCGGGAGAGUCCAGCUGGGGUUACAGAAUAGCCCAUCAGAAUACGCUCAGGUCCAAGUGAACAACAAUCCUCCUGCAGCGUCCUCCCCUCCUACCUAUGAUGCCAAUCUGCAGCGAACAAAGAGGCCAGCUCCUUCACCUGAUGCUAAUCCUGUACAAGUUUACGCUCAAGUUCGCAAGAACUGACCACACUGCGUAGGAUGGAUCAUCUGGUGAGGUUAUACUGGAGAAACAGCUGACGUGUGGCUAGAGAAACCUUCACAUUCCUCUCAGUUCCUUUAUAGAGGACUAAUUUACGUCAAAGCACUUUAGCAGUGGUUAAUAAACAACCAGGUAUUGCCAUUACUGAGGUCAGAUGGCACAAUGCUGGCCUAUGAGCUUGCAUUCACCACAUAUUAUAGCUUUCUGUUUGUACAGUGCAACAGUCCAUGCAAAGUGCAGAUAUCUGAGGGGAAAUAUUCUGUGAUUCAGUUGUUUUGCUUGAGCAUAAUGUUUGACGCUGGUGAGGUGUCCGAUUUGACUCCAUGUGUAUACUGUGUGAUUCCAGUUGAGGUUACAGCUCGUCAGUUAUGGAUUCAUUUUCAUAUUUAUUUUAGCAUUUUACAAAAUGAAGAACAUAAUUUAUUAAACAAUAUUUAAUUUACUUCUUGAUGGUAUUUGUCAGGACUGUAAUUAAUCCACUUUUAGCUUGUCAGUACAAUGGGGAAGUAAUGACCUUGCCAUGGUGGAAAGAUUUAUUUAUGUUAUCAGUUGGUGCACCAGGAACAGUUGAAAGAUCAACAGAGAUAUACAUAUUUUUUUAUUCCAUGAUACCAGAGUUAAACUUUAUUAUCACACAAAGGGAAGGUCUGCAGCCAAGAUAAUCCAAAACUCUAUCAUCACUAAAAAAACUAACCAAUACCAAGAUAUUUGUCUCCAGCUCCACUUGAAACAUAAACAAUAGUUGAUAGCCUACAAAAAAGGAGUCUGCGUAAGUGGUUAUUUGAAGGAUAUCAACAGGUACAAUAAAUGCCUUACUUUAAGUUUUGAAGUCUGUCCAACAGGCAUGCGGAAUCUGGCUUGUAAAAAAUAUCUCAAUCUUUUCCCGCAAGUGAUCAUCAGAGUAAUUCAGGACAAGGUUACGGUACAGUAAAUGUCAGUAAAAUGAUAUGGUGCUUUCUCUGUCAGCAUACCUUCCUGAAAGGCCUCGAGCCAACAGGGAAGUAAUUCAAAGAAGUGAAAAUAGAAGCAAAUUUACAUCGCCAAAUAUGCAUUUGGUGUGACUUCUAAAACCUGUACAUAACUCAAGUUUUAUGAAGACAUUUCUCGAUUACACAUUACAACUUGUGGACUGUAUCAUUAUUCUAAGACAUUACAUGCAGUGUGUUUGCAAUGGCAGAAGGGUUUUAUUUAUUAUUAAAGCAGAACACACUGUGUGAUGUGAUGAUCACUUUGAGAUAAUAUGUUAAGUACUGGAGAUGGUAACGGCAUGAGCAAGGACUAAAUCAAGAGACCUUCGAUUUAGAUUUUUAAAAUAAGAAAUGUAAACCCAUUGACACCAUUGCGCUAUGAGAGCAGUGAGUGUGAUCCAAAACAUCGUGGCCAGACAGCUGAAACAAUAAGCCGAAACUCACUAUAAAGCUCCGUAAAGCAGAGGGGAGCUGCAGAAUCACCUGAUAAUUCUCUGGAGUUUCAUCACUACGAGCAACCUCUUUCACAUUAUCACAUUGUUUAUACAUUGUCAUGUAAUACUUUUUAAGUAUAAAAAUAUUGAUGAUAGCUUUAAGUAGACAGAUGUAGAAUAUAUUGUAUCUGAUAUCACAACAAAUGCAUGAAAUAUAAAUGUAUAUAUAUUAUAAUGUGUAUUUAAAGAGCGAGGCUUCAGUUAAAGGCAGAAAGUUAUUUGUCCUCAGCCAGGCUCCACAUUGACUCAGUCAGGUCCAUGUUAUCAGACUGUAUACACAAGUUCUAUUUUAGGUACUACCUUUUUAUAGAUGAAGAGAAGGAAGUCUCCCAACCUGAGCUAAUGAAUGAGCCAGAUGUCCCUGCCCCCCGUUACUCAUUACUGUAGUAAAGAUCAAACUCCCUGUUUUUUUUUCACAUGGUUGAUUUUCACAUGCAUUGUAAGCAAGUAUUGUUUUACAAACUUAACUUUUCCAUGUUUUUAUUACUAUCAAACUAAAUUCCUUAAUUGUAACUUUUUACCCACAUUGAUGACAUUGAGGUAUUUUACUGGUAUUUUAAGAAGAUAAUCAAUGUAUUAAUUAAUGGAUUGUAAUAUAUCAUGAUAUUUUUAAUAGAUUAUAUGCACUGUUGAAGGUAUAAAUUAACGGGUGGUUUUCAUGGUUUUAAGGUUUUUUUUUACCCCCUAAAAGGCCUUAGUUUUUCAAUUAAGGUCAAGUCAAUUUUAUUUAUAUAGUGCCAAAUCAAAACAGAAGUUAUUCUAUGAAACUUUUCAUAUAGAGCAGGUCUAGACCAUAUUUUACAGACCCACAGUCCCCCACGAGCAGCAACCCCACCCCCAUACAGAACCGAGCAUUAGGUGGGCGACCAUCUGCCUUGACCCAUUAGGUUGAAGGUAUAAAUUAACAGGUGGCUUUCAUGGUUUUUGAUUAGUUAUAAGUGGAUUUAAAACUCUUAACUUAUCAUGUUGUCCAUUAAAAAUCUCAUGUGCCCUCAAAGUGCUUUUCAAAUUAAGGGCUUUUGGUUUUUGCCUUUAUUAAAUUAUUGGACAAAUUAAAGGAUCUCUGGCUACCAUACUAACCACCUUAAUCAAAUAUUAAGUGGUUUUGUAUGUAUUCAGGGUUAAAUUGAGAGAUAAUUGUUAUUCUUGUUUCACAGUGUUGUAUCAUGAUUUGUUUAACAGUAAACUCUGUCCACUCUU